ACUUCAGUUGUAAUUUGGGAUCCAGUGCAGACAACUCAAGAUAUCUUUAUUACCUGGAACCCUGUUAUUUUGUCCGGCUUCAGUUCCACGCUGAUCUACUGAUGGAAGUGGCCCGAUGAUCGUGAAAGUAACGGGGAUAAUGUUAAAAGUUAGUGAAGAAGAAGUAAUCUGAAAUGGGAAUCGAAAGGGAAACCUUGACAACACGGAAAUGAAUGUUCAUUUAGAUCUGUGUUGAGUACUGUAGAUCUGGUUCUAUGAUCGAAACUGAGUUACUUUCGUCAGCAAUGAAGACAACUGCGGAGACACUCCGAAAGAUGAUGUGCUUCAAAGUGGAGUCAAAAGAAGAGCAGUAAUAGAUUAUGUCUACUCUGUUAUAGUUAACCAAAGAAAAAUCCCAACCAAAUGCUCAUGUAUACAAUUUGCAUUGGUUUUAAAGAAGCAGCAUGAAACUUCAUUAUUUUUCCUGCAUCCCUGUCGAAGUCUAACUCAUUACGAGAGAAAUGCUAAGUUGCAGGGAACAGCAGCAUUAUGGGAAAUCGUUAUAGUAGACACAAUCCUAAAAAAGACCAACGCCAGGUCACUAGAAUUACCGUGUUGUCCAUUUGUGGUGUGAACAAUUCUCAGGCUAGUCAGAACACAAUGAAGAAGCUAAUCAGUCCGAGAACGGCGUUACUGUUUCUCGUGUUUCUGCUUCUAGUAUACGUGUUUAUUAUCACAGGCUCAGAUGAGUAUAGCUACAGUAAUGUACGUGGUAGAGGAAACGAUAAACAGCGGCAUAGACCCACAGGAAAUCGAAUUCCAAAGUUUAUAGAUGUUCAAAAGCGACAGGAAGAACAAAUAAAAAGGAAAGCGUUUAUAUACAAAAAAUGUCAACAGCUACAUGUUACAGAUUCUCCGUAUUCUGUAGAGGACAUUCAAGAUACAAUAGGGCGCAACAUCAUGGUGAACGAUAAAUACAAACUGUUGUUCUGUUUCAUUCCAAAAGUUGGCUGUACGACUUGGAAGAGGAUAUUUUUAGUAUUGAACGGUUUCAUCAAUACUACUUUGGACCUAAAACCAGGAGAGGUUAAAGCUGUAUUUUCAAAUAUAACCACAUUGAAGCAGACAACAGCCAUAGAAGCACUUAAAAAACUAAAGACAUACACAAAGAUCACAUUCGUACGGCAUCCAUUCUCACGAGUCCUCUCCGCCUUCAGGAGUAAACUUCGGCCGGGACUCAAGUUUGAUUACACGAAACAGUGGAGGGAUAACCUAGGUCGGUAUAUUAUGAAACGAUACAGGUCUGGCACAAAUCGCAGUACAUACGACUUAACGUUCACCGAAUUUGUAAGAUAUCUAGGCGACGAAACGCAGAAAACGCAUUACUAUUAUGAUAAUAAUCAUUUCUACAGUCAACAUAAAACAUGUCUUCCUUGUCAUAUUGAUUAUGAUUACAUUGGUACAAUGGAGACGUUUAAAGAUGACGCAGAAUACAUUCUGAACGCUUUAGUAAAAGAUCGUUUCAUAGAACUGCCAAUGGUGGCUGGGACAAACAGUUCAUCCUUUUCAUUACAACAAGAGUACUAUUCCAAAGUUCCGCUUCAUCUAUUGAAAUUAUUAUACACACGUUAUCAACGUGAUUUCCAGAUAUUCGGAUAUUUACCAAAUUGAUUUAUUCGUUAGAAUAAUUUAGUUGCAAUAACAGUUUCCUGUGGACGGUUUUGGGCGAUUGAUUCGUCUUUAGUAUGAACGGUAAUAAGUUAUUUAAAUUUUGGUUGAUGCAAAGAUACAAAGUACUGAUUAAAAACCGUUAUGCUCGUAAACACAAA